GAACGGAGACCAGCUCCGCCCUGGUCCAAGCGGGCGGCGGGCGCCUCAGCGCGCAGGGCCGGCAGGGCCCCGCCCGGGCGGGCUGAGAGGAGGCGGGGCCGCGCAGCCGGCAGUUACUGGGCAGGGCGACAAACAUGGCGGCGUCUGGGAGUGGCGGCGCUGGCCGGGCGGAUAACGGCUACGGGAGCCAGCAGCCCCGGCGGAGGAAGGGCCCGGGCGCCCUGGCUACGACCUAUCUGGUCAUUUACAAUGUGGUGAUGACGGCGGGAUGGCUUGUUAUAGCAGUUGGUAUAAUCCGAGCAUAUCUGACUAAGGGUAGCUACCAUAGUCUUUACUACUCAAUAGAAAAGCCCUUGAAAUUCUUCCAAACUGGAGCUCUGCUUGAGAUUCUACAUUGUGCAUUUGGCAUUGUUCCCUCUUCUGUUGUCCUGACUGCUUUCCAAGUGAUGUCAAGGGUUUUCCUGACAUGGGCUGUAACACACAGUGUAAAAGAGGUACAGAAUGAAGAUAGUGUCCUCUUAUUUGUUGUUGCCUGGACGAUCACUGAAAUUAUCCGUUACUCCUUUUAUACAUUUAGCCUAUUAAACCACCUCCCUUACCUCAUCAAAUGGGCCAGGUACACACUGUUCAUAGUACUGUAUCCAAUGGGAGUCUCAGGCGAAUUACUCACAAUAUAUGCUGCUUUGCCCUUCGUCAGACAGGCUGGCUUGUAUUCCAUUAGCUUACCUAACAAAUACAAUUUUUCCUUUGAUUACUAUACAUUCCUGAUCCUGGUUAUGAUCUCUUAUAUUCCAAUCUUUCCUCAGUUGUAUUUCCACAUGCUACAUCAGAGGAGAAAGGUACUUUCCCAUACUGAAGAACACAAGAAAUCUGAAUAAUUCCAGCUCUUUUUCAGAACUUUUCACACACCAAAAUGCUGCAGACUUUCAGUAACCCAGCACAUUUAUACAAAAUAAACCAGGAGUAUAAAAAUUAAAUCAGAAGUUUAAAAAAUACCUUAGAAAUAACGAAUGUGAUGAUUUUGUUGAAAUUUCACCAUGUAAAACACUAGAAUAUCAUUUUCAGCAUGCACUGCUAUAAGAAAUGUAUGUGGCUUUGACUUUUUAGCCUUUUAUCUUUCUUUAAUUUAUAUGCUAACAAGACUUCAAUUUAUCACUUGACACCAGAAAAUUACCAUGUGAGUGAUAAAGUGGUACCCACUAAGUGCAGUGCUUGAAUUGGGAUUAUAUUAUUAUUGUCAUUGCUUUUUAAAAGCGCUUGACUGCAUGCCAGAAAUUGUAUGUAUUGCUGUAGAGGCAAACUAUAUUCUCUGGAAUGUUCUAAGAUUUUGGCUGGGACUCCAGUAACCAGGCAGAUUGCUUAAAUCUAGCAAGAGAAUUUCCUAACUCGAAAGGCAAGUGGGAGGGACAGCAGGGAAGCAGUUAUUGAAACUGAAGGGAAAUGUGAUUCUCUAGGAAUUUAAAUAGUAUGGUGUCCUACCAGCAUAUGUUAUCUAAAGAUUUAACUGUUUAUUACCUCAAGCUCUGUUCCAGCAUUGUCCCUAUAGAGCUGUAAUGCUGCUCUGAAAUAUUAAAACUGCCUUGAGUACAGCAGCCUCAGAUCACUUCUUUGAAAUACAUAGGGGGGGAAAGUGUAAUUUUAAUUUUUCUGAAAUAAUUGGGUAAAGCAAUGUCAUCAGUCGUGGACCUGUACAGAGCGAUACCAGGACAUGUCACUCGGUUGCUCAGUGUUUUCCUCCCUUUAUGGCUUUAAAUUAUCCCCAUAACUUCUGUUUUCCACUAGCUCAUUUAACAACCUCUUUUGUUUACACACUUGUAAACAGAGAGGAUUCAAAUACAUUUCUGACUUUCAACUUUAAGAAUAAAUGUACACAAUCACAGUCUAAAUAUGUUUUAUACAGAGCCUUUUUCCAAAUUUUGUUUGGCCACUUGAACUUAAAGAUGCUUAGGCAAUAAUUUCAGUGAUACUGUUAAAUCUAAUUUUAAUGAUGCUAGUAAGCCAAACAUUUCUUUUUUUUAAAUGUAGUAAUUCAUAGAGGGGUAGUAUUUCCAUGAACAGAUUUAUAGUUACAUUUAUUUUAGGUUUUUCUAAAGACAAAAUCUAAAUCUUUUCAUUACUAUUUUUUAUUUUUGUUGGCAACACUGCUUCUUCCUCCAUUGAAAAAGUACAGCUGAAUUUUAUCAGUGCUCAAAAUGGUAAAGAGCUUUCGAUAUGUAAAUAGCUAAACCUUAUAAUGCAGCACAAAUGAUACCAUGGCAGCACUGGGGAGGGGAGAAAAUCUAGAGAUAAUAGUAUUGGUCUGUUUUAGAGAAAUAUAGCUGUGUGUUUGAUUUACUGUACAAAAUAAUGUAAAUGUACAUCUUUAUUGACCAAUAAAUCUCCCCCUACUCCCUUCAAAUUGGCUAUCCAGGUUAAUUAUAGCCUGUGUUUUCAAAGGGAGGCAUCCAAAUAUAUACAUAGACACUUAAAUCAAAAUGGCCUGACUUUCACAAGUUCUGAACACACACAGCUCCCAUUGAAAUCAGUGGGAAUUCUGGAUGCUCAAUUCCUUUGAAAAUCAAGCCACUUUGAUUUAGGUGGCUAAAUAUGGAGUUAGGAGUCUAACUUUAGACUCCCAUGUCUAAACAUUUUGGCCUCUGUGAAUGAUAUAUGAAAUGGGAUACGUUAGCUAUAUUGCUGGGAAGGAGGCUUGUACAAUAGUUUUAAUUAGAUGGCUUUGGGUUUGUUAAGCAGAGAGAUUGCCACAGAUCUUUGAGAAUGGGGAGAAGGCUCUAUAUAAUUACCUAUUUAGUUAAAUAAGUUUUUAUAUUUUGGCAUUUUAUCACUUCUGUACCAAUAACACAAUACCAUAUAUAAAGGUAAUUGACCACACAUGUAAAUGAACUCCUACCUUUAAAAAAAAAAACAGCUAGCAUUCCCAGAUGUGAAAAAUAAAUUGUUUGGGUUGUAAGAAAUCUCAUCAUCAAACAAAAACCUAUUCAAGAAUUCAAUACUCCACAUUUUCAACAUGUAAAAUGCAUUCCUGCUGUACUUACUCAGACUAAGCUCCUAUUUAACUUGGUAGAAGUUCAUCCUGAAUUAGGACUGCAGAAUCAGGCCCCAAGAUAACUUUUUAAUAACUGGUUUCUUUGUUUAUUAUAUUAAUUUUCUUUUUAUAAAAUGAGAAUGAACAUACAUUCUGUGAAGUGUGUAUCUUUCACUGAAAUUUAAUUCAAUUUAUGUGAACCUAAUAGUACCUAUGAAACCCUUCACUUUAUUUGGUAUAAUCUAGAGAGUUCUUUUUCAUACCCUAUUUAUUUGUCUCAUGUAUUUUCUCCCUUCCAUUGGUAUCAUCAAACUGCUACAGCAGAUAUCUGCUUCUAUUGUGAUGGUUUUCAUGAUCAUAAUAGUUUGUAGACAGGUAACUAACUAGAGUCCUGCCAUGCUUCUUUAUCCAAGUUUGUCAUUACAUGGAAGAAACCCCAUGGUCCUUCCUAGUAGACAAUGUACACCUGAAGUUGUAGAAAUUUUCAUAGUGUAAUUUACAGUAAAAUGCAAACUAAAGGUGCAGAUAAACAAAUUGUAAUUUUUCACAAUGUGAUGUUUCUAUCAAAGAUUUUUUUUAUUUACCAGUGAAGAUUGGCAUUUGUGUGGACUAAUCUGCAAAGUCAUUUUAAAGUCAUCUUUCAAGAUACAAAUAUUCAUGAAUAUACAUCGAAUCAGGUAUAUGUUGGUGCAUAUUGAUAUAAUGAAAUUUGGAUGAAAACUGUACAUUAUAUACAGUCGUUUUUGUAUUUUUUGUAUGUUGUGAAGAAUAACAUUGUAAUUUUAUAAGUCUUUGAUUCACUAAGAUAAUUAUAAGUUUAAAUGUAUUUUUUUUUUUGUAUGUAGGAACCAGAUAUUACAUGGAGCUCUGAAAUACUAAGCUUAGACUUUUAUGCAUGUUUGGAAGAUAUUUCUACCAGAUGUUAAUGUAGUGAAACAGUUUGUUCACUAAAUAUUAGUUUGUGUUGUUGCAUUGUGUAAUAAAUGGAUUCUGUGCUCUGUGCCUGGAUUUGAACUACUGAUCAGUGAUACUAAUUGCUGUAAUCCAAAUAAUAAAAUGAUGGAUGAAA